AGUUAAAAAUAUCAUUGUUUUUGUUUACCAAACAUAACCUGUAAACAUUUGAAUUGAAUUUGUUGAUAAAAAGGACUUCCACCAGCAUUAAAGAUUACUGCAAACGUGAUAUCAACGUAAAUAUAACAAAUAAAUGGCUGAGGAUAUUGAUUUUAACGAUGUUUUGGAUGAUAUUUUUCUGAGUGAAAACAAACAAUGUGAACAAAGUUAUCAGGAAGGUUACAAGGCUGGUACUGAAGCCGGGAAUGCAGAAGGAUAUCAUUUAGGAUAUCACAGAGGCGCUGAAUUAGGGAGAGAACUUGGCUACUAUCUAGGCAUAGUAUCAUAUCACUUAGAAAACAAAGACAAACAAGCAUCACCUUACUCAGAAAAAAUAAUAAAACAGUUGGAAAAAGUACAGGAACUGAUAAACACAUUCCCUCGCACUAACUCUGAAGAGCAUGAUAUUCUAGCACUGGCGGAGAACAUUAGAGCUCAGUAUAGAAAGGCUUGUGCGCUAUUGAAGAUACCUUCAACUAACCCUUAUGGCAAAAUCACUAUGAGUUCAACAAUACACAGACUACAAAAUCAAUUAGACAAGACAAUCACAUUCCUAACACCACACUUGCCCCUCGCUAACUGUCAUAUGGUGGAGUUCUUCACUGACAACCACUGGGAUAAGUUGUUGCCGCAAAAAUUGCGAGAAUAUCUUGAUAAUUGUGAUUUGAAUCAAACGGUUGAACAGUUUUGGAGGUGUGCUGGAGGAAACUAUACAGAUAACAGUGAAUUAUCAAAGUGGAUGCAACAGACCCGUGGACACUGUCUAACAGUAAACAGUGAAUACUGCUUGUCUGCGGCUGAGCUGCAGGAGUGUAUCAAGCGCUGGGGCGGGCAGGUAGAGACAGAAGUGAGGAUCUCCGAAUUUAUGAACACCAAGAAAAGUUAUGAGGUUCAAACAAUGUCUGCUCUAGUAGCGUCGCUGUCCACCGCGUGUGGGGCCACGCACUGCGCGGAGGCGGGCGGGGGCCGGGGACACCUGCUCGUGGCCCUGUCCCUCGCUUACCAUCUGCCCAGCCUGACUAUAGACUGUGAUGAGAAGACUAUUGCACAAGCACAGAAAAAGGUUAAGAUCAUACAGAAACAAUGGCACGCUAUAGCGAAGAGGGUAAGGGAUGGUACUGAAGAGCGCAUAUCGGGGGGUAUAGACGCGGAGCUGCAUCGCUUCGCCACGAGCUUUAUCACUAACGAUACAGACUUGCUGCACAUCGUCCGGGAGAAGUUCCCAGAACACUCUCAUGACGAUAUAAAACUGCUGCUAACCGGUCUCCACACAUGCGGUAACCUCGGUCCCACCUCUCUUCGCCUAUUCUCGCGCAGUCCACAAACUAGUGCGGUGUUCACAGUGCCUUGCUGUUACCACUUGCUAUCUGAAGAGGUGGAUGAACAGAUGUUCGACGUGUUCCAGCGAGAUUAUGGGGAAAAUCAAUGGCGAGAAGGAUUCCCAAUGGCCCAGCGGUUAAAAGGUUAUAAUUUGGGUAGAAACGCGCGUAUGUUAGCCGCACAAUCCAUAGAUAGAGUUGUACACCACAAACAACCGCCCGAUAAAAGUCUACUCUACCGCGCCUUGCUACAGGUAAUCAUCAAGAAAUAUCUACCAAACUUACCAGUCACGGAAGGUAAACUCAAAGGUAUCGCGACUAAAUGUCAAGAUUUCAACGACUAUUUCAAAAUGGCCGACUCGCUACUAAAACUGGAUUUAUACGACAGUUUACCUGGCACUUACCUCACAGAUAUACAUAAAAGUAUAGAUGACCAGUGGAAAAAGAUAGUUUUAUUUUAUUUCGUUAGGUUAUGUCUUGCACAAGUUAUUGAAAGUGUGAUUUUGUUGGAUAGAUUAUUGUUUUUGUUUGAGAAUGGUUUUGAAAAGUGCUAUCUGGUUAAGCUAUUUGAUCCUGUCUUGUCGCCUAGAUGUCAUAGUAUUGUAGCUGUAAGAUGACAUAUUAUUAUUAAUGUUUACAUAUUAUUUUAUUUGUGUAGAUUGCAAAACAAUGAGAAAAUAAAUCUAUGAAACUGUUA